CUUUGGUUUUGGGUCCCCAAGGUGCUAAAUCGACACUCAGGCGAACAGAAUGUUCAAGAAGGCGGUUGAAGCCAAGUCUCAUCAGCGUCUCUCCGGCGCCGACCGGAAGAAACUCCGGCGUACCGUCCUAAAUAGGUUUUCCCUCCUCACCGAUGAGCUUCUCGACGCCAUCCUUCCUCCCAAGGUCGAGAUAACUGUUUCCAAGUUUCAGAAUCGGGUUCUUGUCUAUAGUAUUGAAGGUGGAUGUCCCAUGUUUUUCGAUAUUGAUGGAAGAGGGAAUGAGAUAUUCCCCACAGUUUUUGCUCUCUGGGAGGCUCCUGAAAUGUUACCUUCCUAUAUGUUGAAAGGAGGUGAGGUUUCACGGUAUGUCAUAGGCGGUGCAGAUUUGAUGUUCCCAGGUAUUUGGAUCCCUGCCGAAGGCUUUCCUUCUUUCUCAGCUGGAGAAAUUUGGGCUGUAAAAGUUCCUGGAAAUCUUGCACCUAUAGCUGUUGGGUUUACCACAAUGAGUAGUGCAGAAGCCAUUAAAGCAGGUUUGCGUGGGAAGGCUUUACGGAUAACUCAUUAUUACCGUGACUUCCUCUGGGAAUCAGCUGAGGGGCACUAUGUUCCAAAUGCUGGUUUCAUGGAGGAUGUUGUCAUGGAGGACCCAUCAUACCUUGCUUCUGGUUCGGGUGAAGAGAUUUCAGACGCUUCAGCUGGUCCUCAGACAAGCACAGGAAAUGAAGAAGAUGAAUCUGGUGAUGUUAGUGAUCUCGGGCCUUCCACCUCAGUUACGGAUGCUAAGAAUGGUUCUGAAGAACAUAUGGUUGGGAGCAUGAAUGAGCUGAACUUAGGAGAUGACGUUUCUGCUAAUGAAGCAAAUACCGAGAAGCAGAAUACUCUCUCUCCUGAGGAGGUAGAUGCUCUUCUUGACCAAUGCCUUUUGCAAGCAUUGCAUACAACACUAAAGGAGAAGGACCUUCCCAUCCCAGGAAGCACUCUAUGGGCAAAUCAUGUAUUACCUUGUAGGCCUUCUGGGCUCACGCUUGACAUUAAGAAGUCUUCCCAUAAAAAGCUGUCAAAGUGGCUGCAAUCUAAAGCGUCUGGAGGAAUGAUCUCUGUGAAAGAAGACAAGCAUAAGAAGGAGAUUGUGUUGAUUUCGGUGAACCGUAGGCACCCAGAGUACUCAUCCUUCAAGCCGGAGAAAAAGAAAGCGGAGAUCUCCGAGUCUUCUGGAGACCGCUCCACAGCACAAGCUCAGUCAGAGAAAAUGCUUGAAAUCAUAGAGGUUUAUAAACCAAGCAUACACAACAGUGCAGUAUUUGCAUCAGUUGGGGAAGACAAAGGAAAGCUAUACACAGCUUCAGAAGCCUCUGAUGUUGUGUUCAAAUACAUCGAGAAGGAAAAUCUGGUAAAGCCAACAAACAAGUCAAUGGUGGUGUUGGAUCCGAUAUUGUGUGAUGCACUGUUCAAAGGAGCUAUCAAAAAAGGAUCAGCAUACCCGUCAGAGGUUCACAAAAAAGAUGUUGGAUCGACGUUUAUAGGGAGGAUGCAGCCUAAUCACGUAGUCAUGAGAGGUGGUGAACCCGUGGUUCGUAAAGGAGCUAUAAAGCCGGUUCAGAUAAUGACGGAACGAAGACAAGGUAACAAAAAAGUGACCAAGGUCUCUGGGAUAGAGACAUUCUUGAUAGACCCAGACGCGUUUGGAUCAGAACUGCAGAAGAAGUUUGCUUGCAGCACUUCAGUUGGAGAACUUCCAGGUAAGAAAGGGCACGAGGUUCUGAUUCAGGGAGGUGUGAUUGACGAUGUUGCGAGAUAUAUGGUGGAACACUAUGGAGUUCCGAAGAGAUUCAUUGAAGUUCUUGAUAAGACUAGGAGAUGAUUUCGUUAGCUACCUCUUUUGUUUUAUUCAUUGUGUUCUAAACUUCUAAAUUUAUUUUCUGUUUGCUUACUCUAGAGUUAUGGAAGAAAUGAGGAUAAAGGUUUUUUACUUCAUCA